GAUUUAUAACCUCAAAGCGAAUGUUUUGUUUUGACUUUUGUUCAACCAAGGAACAUACUAGAUACAAGGAUUUAACUAGAUUUUAAAUUGAGACGUCGAUUUAGUUCAAUAAUUAUAAUUUGUUGAAAUGCCUGGCUAUGAAUUAGCUUUAAUGUUGAGGGCGAUGCCGAAACCAGAGUUAAAAUCAACUUUAACGCGAAUAUCUCAAGCUAUUUUCGACCGUGGUGGUAUUAUACGAAAUAUUGAAAAUUUAGGCUUCAGAGCGAUGCCUUACAAAACAAGCUCACACAGUUUGGUUCACCGAGAAGCAAAUUACUUUAUUUUCAAAAUAGACACUGCAACGCAAGCAGUUGUAGAUUUGAAAGAAGAAUAUAGUAGAGAUGUGGAUAUUAUAAGACAGCGAGUAUACAAAAUACAAGAUAAAGUUGAUCAUACUUGUACAUUAGAAGAAGAGUUACUGCCACCAGCUUACCGGGAAGAAGUUCAGAAGAUGAUUGAAUUAGGAAAGACGCAAGUAAAUCGCUUUACUUACAAAUUUAAGUAUAAUUCUGGACUAGACUAUUAUCCUUUCCAAAAGUAGAAAUUCCAAUGAUAUUUAUUUUAUUUUAGCUUAGUUGUACAUACAUUUUAUUAAUAAAUAGGGA